CUCUGGCCGGGAGUAUGUAAAGAGUCAAGACGGUCAAUAGCGGAGAUGGCGAGCAAGCUUGGGCUGAGGUUAUUUAUGCGGCCCCAGACAGGGAGACAAUGGGUCUGCGACUCCUGUCGUGCGUUCAGCACAUCCACGCCUCUCUUCUCCGGCCAUUCGCGAUGGUCUACGAUCAAACAUGAUAAGGCGAAGAAUGACAAAGCAAAAAGCAAAGAGCGCGCGAUCAUCUCCAAGGAGAUAAUCAAUGCGUCACAAAUGUGGGGUCCUGAUCCCAAGUUCAAUCCCCGCUUGAAUCUCGCAAUCACAAAUGCAAAACGAGCCGGCCUUCCUAAAGCGUCAAUUGAAGCUUCCAUAGCGCGUGGGCAGGGAAUAAGCGUAUCAGGAGAGGCUCUUGAACCGGUUACAAUCGAAGCGAUGCUCCCCGGGGCAGUCGCAGCGGUUAUAGAAUGUCUGACGGAUCAGAAAGCGCGCGUGCUGCAGGACGUGCGCUUCAUCAUCAAAGAUGCCGGAGGAACAGUGACUCCGACGACAUUUCUUUUUGAGAAAAAGGGAAGAAUACUCUUCGAACACAAAGACGGUUUGAAUCCCGACGACUACCUAGACCAGGCUAUCGAGGCGGGAGCUACCGAUAUCGAGACCGACGAUGAGGGACGUCUGGUGAUGUUCACUGAGCCCACAGAGACGAAGAACGUGGGAGAAACAUUUACGAAAGCAACAGACCUCAAGAUUGAGAAACUAGAAAUUAUUUGGGACCCGAACAAAGACACUCUGGUCAAGGUAGAGAAUGAGAAGGAUGUCCAACAACUCGAGGACCUGCUGGGAGACAUACGCGAAGAACCGAGCAUCCACGGAAUAUACCUGAAUACGGCUCAGAAAUUCUAGUUCAAACCAGCACCCCCGGACGACUCGUUACAGAUACUCCGAUAUGAGCAGCGGAAAGAUCGCAAAGGACGCGUGACACUUUGCAAGCUUGGUUUGAAUGUACAGUGACUUGUAUUAUAAGAAAUGU